GUCUAGACAGUCACCUUCAGUGCAGUGGGAACCUAAAUGGUGAGGUGGAUUCACCGCCAUGAAUAGCUAGAGGAUUGUUAGAAAUCCAGGCAAAACCAGAAAUAUUCAAAACUGGGUGAAGUGUCUCAUGAAGGGUUGCAAAAAAGGGUUUGAGGACAUAGCAGCAGCUGGCUGAGGAGGCCUGCCCAGCUGGAGAGCAACAUUGGUAUAAACGGUGGCAGGGAGCUGCCCGUGCUGUGCCUGUUCUUGUGUCAAAACGAUGACGAAAACUAGGAGUGGCUCAGAAAACAACUGGGUUCUGAAAACUAGCUUCUCACGAAGAGGCAGAGGUUCAUUUAAAAUAUAAAUCCUUGUCAAGUGAGACAAAAAUAGAAAAUAAUGCUUUAUUUUUGUUUGUUUGACCUGCAGCUAGAUGAGUCCAAUGUACAAAUAUAAAUGAGUUCAAUCUACAAAUAAGGUGCCAUUAUUUAUAUAUACAUAUAUAUACAUAUAUAUAUAAUACAUAUAUAUUUAUGUAUACAGCAGUGCUGCCAGGCAUGUGGAUCAUUUUAUGCUGUCUCAACUUUUCUGUCUUUCUUAAUGGAAGUGCUGCUCUGUAAGUGCUGCACUCCUGUCAGUGAUAUGCAGAAGCAUGAAGAUGGAGGCCUGUGGCCAUGCCUCCCAGAAAUGAGAAAUACUGGCAUGCAGAUUCUGCCAGAAGCAGUGUCCGGUGUAAAUUAUUUAAGUGACAGGAAUAAUUGGUAAUAUGUUUUCAGAGCUAAAGGAGUCCCCAGGGCUUAGCUCAAAGGAACUCACACCUCUGUCUCUGCAAGGGCUCACUCUCAAAGUCACAGCAAGCCUCUCGAUGUCUCUAACCACGUGCACGUCCCUCCCAGCUGUGCCAGGACACAGCAGCUCUGAGCACUUCAAGGCUCCUGAGGAAAGGAGGGCAGGUGAAGGCUGAGAUGGAUCUGCCCUUGUUUGUCAGCUCCAUCCCCAACAGGAGCAGCAGCCAAGGCAUGCAGCCUGUCCCACUGUCCUGGUACCUACUGUGGAAAUGGGAGUUCUCCAGCCUCGCUAGCAAAAUGCUGUGGUCCCAGCUGGGUUCUUGCUGUAGGACUUGAUUCCCAGUGGCCCGGGGUCCUUCUUCCUGUGGUGUUUCAGGUGAACUUCUUGCACAAGGCCUCCUGUGAUUCUUUCUAGUUCAUUAUCUUCUUUUAAGACUAUUUAGAUCCCAAGACUACUGUCUUUCAGUUGAUUCCAAGUGUCAUCCAAAAAUGCUGUUUCCUUUUUUUGUGCUCUGCCUGGCUUUCUGGACUGACCACCAUCAUUGGACUGACCAUCUGGACUGACCACCAUCAUUGCAGCAAACAGUGGCAUUCAGAGGAAGACCAGAGGAUGAAAAUCCUGCACUUUCUCACUUUACUGCUUUGGCAUUUGACUUGGCUGUCUCUGGAUCUAGUUCCUGGAGCACUGAGUAAUUCUGAAGCAGGCCAGAGUAAUCCAGGAUCUAAACUAGGUUUGUUAAAAACAGAAGGAAAAGAGAGGAGUCCCUCAGCUCGGGCAGGUACACUGCGGACUGUGAACCAUGGAUACAGUACUGGCACCUCAAAGGCUAGGACUAAAAGCAGUGCUACUCAGGCUGGAGCUCUCUUGGCCAAGAAUGAUGAAUCACAGAAGGUUCUCUCAAGAACAGCAGCCACGGAGGCAAAGGUAGGACAUCUCCCAGGCAGACUUUCUGGAGUAAGGACAGUGACUCCAAAGGUUCAAAAUCUUAGCAGCAAGGCGGCUUUGAAAAAAACUGGCACAAGCAGCACUGAUUCUUUCAAAACCAAAAAGACUAAAGAGCCUAUAACCCAAAGGGAAACUAAGGAGACUUUCAGACAUCCCCCUAUAACGCCACAUGAAUACAUGCUCUCUUUGUACAGGACUCUCUCAGAUGCAGAAAGAAAAGGUGUUAAUGGAAGUGUAAAACUGGAGGCUGGACUUGCCAAUACAAUAACCAGCUUUAUAGACAAAGGACAAGAUGAGCGAGCGCCAACUAUAAGAAAACAAAAAUAUAUUUUUGAUAUUAGUGCAUUAGAAAAAGAUGGCUUGCUGGGAGCAGAGCUUCGAAUAUUGAGGAAAAAACCUUCUGAUACUUGGAAGUCUCAUUCUUCUGGAAAAACUUCCCAAGUGAAAUUAUUUAGUUGCUCUACCAACAGACAAGCAGCAACACUCCUGGACUCUCGCACUGUCAGUAUCACAGAUACACCGAAAUGGGAAGUGUUUGACAUCUGGAAGCUUUUUAGGAACUUUAAAAACUUAGUUAAUUUGUGUUUUGAACUGGAAACUUUUGACAGGGGGAGAGCUGUUGAUCUCAGGACUGUGGGAUUUAAUAGAACUGGAAGACAGGUCAAUGAAAAGGCUCUCUUCUUGGUAUUUGGGAGGACAAAAAAAAGAGACUUAUUUUUCAAUGAAAUCAAAGCUAGAUCUGGCCAAGAUGAUAAAACCGUUUAUGAGUACUUAUUCAAUCAGAGGCGGAAGAGAAGAGCUCCUUUAGCAACACGUCAGGGGAAGAGGCCCAGUAAGAAUCCGAAGGCAAGGUGUAGCAGAAAAGCCCUCCAUGUGAAUUUUAAGGAUAUGGGCUGGGAUGACUGGAUAAUAGCCCCCCUAGAAUACGAAGCGUAUCACUGCGAAGGUCUUUGUGAAUUCCCCCUUCGAUCCCAUCUGGAGCCCACCAAUCACGCAGUUAUCCAAACUUUAAUGAACUCAAUGGACCCCGAAUCAACGCCCCCAACUUGCUGUGUCCCAACCAGGCUGAGUCCUAUCAGCAUUCUUUUCAUUGACUCUGCAAACAAUGUGGUCUACAAGCAGUAUGAGGACAUGGUAGUGGAGUCGUGUGGCUGUAGGUAGCAGAACAGUUGCUCAAGGGAAUACGUUAUGACACAGGUUAUAUGACACACCAAAGGUUAUAUGACACACCAAAUGUAACCUCUGCUCAAACAAGGUUAACUUAAUUUCUUACCUCUAGGGUACGUAUGUUUACAAAGAUGUAGCAACAAAUCCAGUGAUUCUGUAUAUCUCUCCUCCAUGGGCAUAUUUUAGAAUAUUUGGAUGCUAUCAUGCAGCCCAAUAUAAAGACUUGUUUUGGCAACACAAGACUGGUUCUUACUAAAGUUUGUGUCAGAGAAGAUGAAACCUUUGUGCCUCUAUAUCACCUGCUUUUACCUGGAGACAGUGUGUAAAGAUGGUAUCAGUGAGCUGUGGAUAUGAUGUUUACUCUCUUGAACAAUGUUCUAGAUGCUGAAUUUACGUCCCAUGUGCAUUAUCCAUUAAGAAUCGUAAGAAAAAAGUACUGAUAUCUAAAAAAGAAGGUUGGUGUUCUGGCAUGCUCCCAUCUUGGUGUAAAUAGUUAUGCUGUAAUAUGAUUUCUUUCUGAUUAGCUCUUGAAACUAUGCAUAUAUAAAAUGAAAUAAUUAAAUAUAAUAUGCUGAUUUAGUUUUAAUUUGUACAUGGAGAUAGGUGAAGCAAGAGGUGUUUGUUUCCAUGUAAGUUUUCCUCCAAGCUACAUAUCUUUCUUAAGUAUCCACCUUUCCAUUAUUAUGUAGCAAGAUAUAUUACUCUGUAUAAGGCCCACGUUGUUCUCAAAUGCUCAUAGUAAAAGUGUUCAAUUAUGGCAUAAGAUGUAAUAAAUUAUUGACACAGUGCUACAUUUUGUCCAGCUGUCCAACUCUGCAUAAUUAUAAUGCUGUUAAGAAUUUGUUUUAAUGUUUUUAUACAAUAAAUGCAAGUGAAAGGGAUUUUUCAGUAUAGCAGAAUAGUAGUGGUGUGCGUAACAUGUUCAUGUAUCUUGGUUGCCUCUAACUGCUGCUGCAGAAAGAGACUGUGGAAACAUUGGAAGAACAAUCUGAAAACGUGUCAUGUUUUGAUCUAGCGUGGAAUGACACUAUCACUUGAUGUAUCUCGUGCAAGAAUGCACCAUGCAGUUGAUUGCAAAAGAGCUCUGUUAUCCUUUUAUUCAACCCUCCAAUGACUGUGUUUGCAUAUCUCCUAUAUCUGUUCUAGACCUGGAUUAUAAAUUUA